CGUUUCCAAAGCUGGAGCAGCUAAAGACAAUCGGCCGGGAGCUCGCAAUGGGCUCCCAAGGUGGAUUCGGGCAGUCUAAAGAGUUUCUCGACCUCAUCAAAUCAAUCGGCGAGUCUCGAUCCAAAGCCGAGGAAGACCGCAUUGUAUUGCGUGAAGUGGAGACCCUCAAACUCAGGUUGAACGACCCGAACACCCCCAAAUACAAGCUCAAGGAGUACAUAAUCCGCCUCCUCUAUGUCGAGAUGCUCGGCCACGACGCCUCCUUCGGGUACAUCCACGCCGUUAAGAUGACGCACGACGAGAACUUGCUGCUCAAAAGAUCUGGAUACCUGGCGGUGACGUUGUUUCUGAACGAGGAUCAUGACUUGAUUAUUUUGAUCGUCAACACGAUACAGAAGGACUUGAAGAGCGAUAACUAUUUGGUGGUUUGCGCGGCUUUGAAUGCGGUGUGCAGAUUGAUCAAUGAGGAGACGAUUCCAGCUGUUCUGCCGCAGGUUGUGGAGCUGUUAGGACACCAGAAGGAGGCGGUGAGGAAGAAGGCUGUCAUGGCGCUUCAUCGGUUUUCUCAGAAGGCUCCUGGGUCGGUUUCACAUCUCAUUUCCAAUUUCCGGAAGAAACUUUGCGACAAUGAUCCUGGGGUCAUGGGCGCUGCUCUUUGCCCUCUGUUUGAUCUUAUUGCUGCUGAUGUUGACAAAUAUAAGGACCUGGUAGUUAGUUUUGUAAACAUUCUUAAGCAAGUAGCUGAGCGCAGGCUACCAAAGAGUUACGACUAUCAUCAGAUGCCUGCUCCAUUCAUUCAGAUUAAAUUGUUGAAAAUUCUGUCCCUACUGGGUAUUGGUGACAAGAAGGCCAGUGAACAAAUGUACACAAUUUUAGGUGACAUAAUGAGAAAAUGUGAUUCAACAAGCAAUAUUGGGAAUGCCAUCCUUUAUGAGAGCAUUUGUUGCAUUUCAUCAUUACAUCCAAACCCAAAGUUGCUUGAAGCUGCUGCUGAUGCCAUUGCAAAAUUUCUAAAAAGCGACAGCCACAACCUGAAGUAUCUUGGUAUUGAUGCUCUUACUCGACUAAUAAAGAUAAACCCAGAAAUAGCUGAGCAGCACCAGCUGGCUGUAAUUGACUGCUUAGAGGACCCUGAUGAUACCCUAAAGCGAAAGACAUUUGACCUGCUCUACAAAAUGACCAAGUCAUCAAAUGUAGAAGUAAUUGUGGACCGUAUGAUUGAGUAUAUGAUAAGCAUCAAUGAUAGUCAUUACAAAACCGAAAUAGCUUCAAGAUGUGUUGAACUUGGUGAACAGUUUGCUCCAAGCAACCAAUGGUUCAUACAGACCAUGAAUAAAGUAUUUGAGCAUGCAGGCGACCUGGUGAAUGCUAAAGUUGCACAUAACUUGAUGAAGUUGAUUGCAGAGGGAUUUGGAGAGGAUGAUGAUACUGCAGAUAGCCAGCUUAGAUCAUCUGCUGUAUGUUUUCUUUUGGCACCUGAAAUUGGAUAUUACCCACAUACUUGGUCUCCUUUCAACUAAUUAUCAGUUAACUAUCUCCUGAAAUCAUUGUAUUACUCGGGCUAAUUGUCUGUCCACGUCUCUCUAAGUUCUGAAAACUGAAAACGUUGUGCAUUGAUAAUAAUUUUGUACACUCGCGCUCACCCCGGUUUUUAUGGAAACAAACUCAAACAGGGCCUCAUCCCAGUUAUCCUGCAAAUUUAAUUGGCUCCAUACCACUACUCAAUUAUUUUAUUAUAUUAACUUGAUUAUAUUUGUUUGCUGCCUCUCUUGCUGUUUUUGGUUAUAUCAAGUGUCCACCAAAGCUAAUAAUGCUUUUUCAAUUUUUUGCAGAUUGAUAAAAAUCUUUCAUUUCUAGAUGGUUAUGUGCAACAAGCAAUAGAAAAUGGUGCUCAGCCAUAUAUCCCGGAGAGUGAGCGCUUAGGAAUAUCAAGUAUUAGCAAUUUCAAGAGUCAUGACGAACACGAACCAUCCACACAUGCUCUUAGGUUUGAGGCCUAUGAGCUACCUAAACCAUCACUGCCUCAUAACAUUCCUCCAGUAUUAGCAUCAUCAACUGAGCUUGUUCCUGUUGAGCCAUCAUAUGUCGCUGAUAUCUUGCAUCCUACUUCUGCUCCAUCAGCUUCUGAUGCUGGGUCAUCCGAACUGAAACUACGGCUUGAUGGGGUUCAGAAGAAGUGGGGACGACCUACUUACUCCUCUCCUGCACCAUCUAGUUCAAGCACCGAUCAGGUGAAGGUUCAGAAUGAGAUACCCAGACCAGAUUCUGCAAGCAGUUCAAAACCAAUAAUACAUGAUACGGCAUAUAUUUCAAGAAAGCAGCAAAUUGAAAUCUCUCCGGAAAAGCAAAAACUCGCAGCUUCACUUUUUGGGGGCUCAGCAAAAUCUGAGGGCAGACAUCUUCCUAGCCAGAAGAAUUCGAAAACUCAGAAUCACACUUCAGACACUUCUCGUUCAUCGAAGGCUCCAGCUCCUGACACUGCUGUAAAAACAUCCCAGCCACCUCCAGACUUGCUGGACAUGGGUGAACCAUCUAUUGCCAGCAGUACACCAUCAGUAGAUCCUUUCAAGCAAUUCGAAGGUCUGUUUGAUUUCACACAAGAAACAACCCCAGUAAGCACUGGUGGAGUUGAUGGUGCUACUAAAGAUUCCGAUUUUACAUCUCUUUUUGCGGACAUGUCUCUAUCUGCUCAGAGUCAUAUUGAUCCGAAUCCAGAACCAAAUGGUCUUCGGGGAAACAAAGUUGAACCUUCAGGACAUCAAUUGAACAAGGGGCCAAAUUUGAAGGAAGCUUUGGAAAAGGAUGCACUCGUAAGACACGUGGGAGUGACACCAUCUGGUCAGAACCCCAUCUUAUUUAAAGAUUUGCUUGGCUAGAUGUUUGUGUGGAAACCUGGAUACAAUUGGAUUUGUUGAGGAUAAUUCUCCGCCUUGGGUUCUAAGCCAUGACCAACGAGGAUGCAAUCUAGCGACAGCAGGUCAGGAACUGAAGCCCUCUGGUAUUCGUAGUAGUUUUCAGCUCUACUCGGUAUUGGUUGGUGGGAGAGCAUUCCGGUAUGUAGAAAAUUCAGCAAGAGGUAGACAGUACAGGUUUUUCGUCUGUCGAUACGUGUUUAUCAUCCAUGUGAACAAUUUUUGAAACAUUAAAGGGAGUGCUGGAGACGCAUUGUUGUGUCUUUAUUUUCACGAUGUAAUAAAAAGUAACGCUGUUAUAUCGUCUUCAACUGUUAUUUAUAGAACAUUGAUUUAUUUUACAAAAGGGAGUUACUACAUCUCAUGUUGUAAUAUUACUCCAUUAAAAUUGUUGGGUUGGUGGCA